GAGCUGUGUGUGUCAGUGUAGCCGCUGCUGUGCAUUUACUUGUGUGUAUGUAUGUAAGUGUGCGUGUGUGCGUGUCUGAAUGCGAACAAGUUGAUUUUUUUUUUUUUUAAAUUUUGGCCACAUCUUUGAAUUAAGCCCUGGAAGUGAGUGUCGGCUGCGGCUGGUGAGAAGAAACAGACUUUGUAACGUAGACUCUAAUGAACUCGACAAUAUGAAGUUUGCUACGUCCAGCCUUUGAAAACAAGCCGCAUCUACGCAGUUUUUUAUCCAUUUCGGCGUAUCAUUUUUAUCGACAGCAGCUAACUUGGAGCUAAGAGUGUGCGGCUGCUUACGGCGGUGUUUUUGUUUUUGUUUUUUGUGGUUAGCGAGGUUGGAAGUCAAGCGUGCCUUGUUUUAAAUGCGUAAAGUCGCUGAUGUUAGCUAAUGAAGUUGUAGUAAGCGUCGCAUAAGAGCCAGUGAUACACACGGCGCUAAUUGUAGGGAUAAGCCAUAAAGUACUCCAGAAAAAUGCUAAAAACGCUCACGAAGAAGCUAAGAAGACAUUCACUCAAUGAGAUACAUCCUUUUCAACUGAAGAUUUCUUAUCAUGGCAGUGGAGAGGGAGGGGAGAGUGAUGACUCAGAAGGGGAGAACCAGGAGCUCGCACAGAUUGACAGAGAGAGACGGAGAAAUUGUGCCCUCACCCCCUUGGCCACCAGCCAGCAGCACAACCAAGGUCCUCUGUCUCCGGCCCGGUUACGACGCCUCCGCCUCCUUUUAGAUGCCAAUCUGGACCGUCACUCUUCAGAGGAAGAACUUGAGCGAAUCAGCUGCGGUGACAACAGGAAGUGGAUGUCUGCACUUCCCCAGCGCCACAGCGAUCACCACAGCAGCGCCUCCAGUGAUGAGGAGGUGCGGGACCUCUGUGGCUGUGGGUCACCGGCUGCCUCUGCCAGGCCGCUGGUUGAGCCCGGUGCUUGUCUGGCUGCCUCCCCCAGUCCUGUCCUUUUCAGCUCCAGCCCACCACGUAGCCUCAGGCCACCCCCUAUGCGAUUUCAGCUGCAGGUGGUACAACCAGUUGCACGGCCCAUCAUUUUGACCCACUUUGACCAGUCGGCACCUUACCGAAAAUAUCGGCACAGCUACGGAGGAGAGCCAGGCAGACCCAGUCUGGACUUAGAAAAAAUGCAACAGAAAAUGCUGCUGAAAAAGAACUGUGGAGGGAAAACGCGGACUAUAAAGAUCCGGCCCUCAGUUUCCUGGCCAGGAUCCAGAUGAGACACUGGAUCUGGAAGGGGCCCCAGCUUUGAGACUGGAUUCAAGCGUUCAAGCAUGGGAGUUGUUACAGAGGUUAAGGAGGUCGGUGGGGCUGGUGGUUGCAUGCAUGAAUGUUUUAAGGGGGGAGUCAUGUGGAAGCAUUAGGAAAACACAGCUUUGGCCACUGUUACUGCUGCUGCUAAGGCCUUCCCCCUCUAGGGGUUGGAGGUGAAUAGGAGAGUACCGAUGAGAGCUUACCACGCUGUAGCAAGCAAGAGUGAUGGCGUCUGGUUUCAGCCACCAUAAAGAAUGAGCGGAAAGGAGGGCAAAGAUUGAUUGAGUUGAGGUAAAUGAUGCAGAUAUGAACAGAGUGAAGGGGGAACUUUAAUUAAAGGAAAAUAUUCUGCAUGGUCCUGGUUUCUGAUUGAGGUAAACUUCAUUAUCGUGAGUACAAGACCAGCGUACGACCAAAGUACAGAGAGCACAGUACUCCACCAAGGCUGCUCAGUUGCUUUUUUGAUUUCCAACAAAUGAAAUCUUUGAAAACAUUCGUGAUGUGCAGCAGUCGAUUUGUAGUAGGAUUGCAAUCAUGUGUUCAUUAGCAGGCAGCAGAUGUAGCGUUCAUUUGUAGUCAUAGUUACAGUGACGUCAUGCCGCUAUCUCACAAUGAUACAGAAAUCUUUAAUAAAUCCGUGGAUCCAGACUAUAAGCUGCAUCACUGCCAAAAUCUAAUCAUUUGGUCCUUGUGUCAUUUCUGACCUUUCCUGAGAAUUUCAUCCUAAUCCGUUGGUCCGUUUUUAAGUAAUGUUGCUAACAGACAGACAAACAGACAAACGAGUGCCGAUCGUCACAUAACUCCUCCAGAGUUAUUUACUACGUCUCAUUUAUGGAGCUACCUCUAGCAGUUAACUGAGCUUUGAGUAAAGUUUGUUUUAAUCCUCCAAACCUCAAAACCUGUCGGCGAGUUUAUAAACAUGUUGCCCUUAGAAAUCACCAAAAUUGAAGCUUUUAUCAGAACAGAACCAACGAUCUACUUUCCCACGUUCCUUGAACUAAUCAUAUGUGAUGCAUGGUUUCAUUCCAAAAUUAUCACCAAUUCUAAGUUUGUAAAAACAAAUAUUUCUCCGCUCGUUGACAUAACUGAAAAGCAAUGAAUACCUUUAGCUGUUACCAACGGUUUGGGACAAAAAUUCAAGGACUUUUCUGCAGGCUCUGCUGAUAUGAAGCAGAGGAAGACAAACAUAUUCCAGAAAUAGAAUGGAAAAUAAAACAUACCUGAUCCAAAAAUUAAAGCCUGUGUGGCCUAAAAACAAUUAGACAGUGGAGAACGUUGUUAAUAAAUUGGAUACAAUCAGCAUGGUGAAAUGUCCCUCUAGAGCUGACGUGCGUGGUAGUAUGAAAAAUAAAGUUUUUCGAGAUUGAAAAAAUGCAAAUAGUAUCUAGUAUCUAAUAGUAUCAAGUAUCUAUGGUAUGUAGCGUCACCAUUUUUUCAUCAAACAAAUUCAACUUUUGCUCUUUCCUUUUUUUUAUUUUAAUUAUUAAUGGCUUUAAAACUGUUCUAUUUCUCACCAGGUCUGUGCUAUUUCCAUAGAGGUGCAAGACUUUUUACUGCAGUAAAAUAUAAAACCCACAGUAUAUAAAAUGUGACAGGAGUAAAAAAAAAAAAACACCCAGAAACCUCCUUGAAUUCAGAAUGUUAAAGACUGUUUUUGUCCUAACAUGUGUUUUAGUGAACUUCAGAGGGCAGAUUUUGUUACUAAUUGGUUCCAGUAAGACCUCUGUCACCUGCAAGGCAAAGGUUGCAUGACUGAGCUAACACUGUUGCUGGUCAGCCAGCUUACUGCCAGCUGAACACUAUUGGCUGUGUGUGUUAUUACAGUGUUAUCUAAUUAGGCGACACUAGCCGUGGGUUUGAUGAUGGAUCAUUUGAGUAAAGGGUGCCAUGGACACGUCUGUCUGUUGUUCACUAGUCAUUACAACCCUUUAUUCUGAUACUUGAAGCUCAGGAUGGACACUAUGUAGCAUGGUUUAACUGCAACUUAUAAACUGUGACUGCUCGAUCCUGAUAAAUCCAUUCUCCAUGUUGGGGAUAAUUUAUGAAGAACUAUUGAAGUUGUCGUUUGUUGUGUGUAAAUGCACACAACUGUCUCUUUUUGGAACUGUUCAUUCAGAUCCUGCUGCUUAUCCUGCAGGUUUUUAAUAAACUCAGAGGAAAAACUCCUGCAAACAUCUGGUAGCAACAAACGUAACUAAUACACAAAUGUUACUACAUCCAACCUAGUAGGAUUGCUGUAGCAACCUUUUCUCAAAAGUGCUCGUUCAGACAUGAAGGCAACACGUUCAGAUGCUGUUAGAUUAAUGGAAUUAAGUGCACGUCUUAAAGAGGCUUCUUUCAAUCAUUUGUUUACUUUUACCUUUUUUUUGUGCUGUUUAAUUCACAGUUUGUUAAAACUUAGAGUGGCAGCUUGAUUGAAGAGUUUAACUGCA